CUAAUGAGAUCGGCGACAUGCAGUCGCUACGUGUUGUACAGCUAUACAACAACAGCCUCACUGGAAAUAUCCCAUCAUCACUCGGGAACCUCACCCGGUUAACCAUCUUGUCCCUGGCAGCUAACCAUCUCGGGGGAUCCAUUCCCGAGGGCAUUGGGAACAAUCCACAUCUCGGGUUCCUUCAGCUGGCCAUGAAUAACCUCUCAGGUUUGCUUCCUCUUUCGCUGUACAACCAGUCAUCCCUGUACGGACUUUGUGUGAUGAGCAACAACCUACACGGCCAUUUACCAACUGAUAUGGGCAGAAGCCUUCCAAGGAUGCAAAGUUUUUUGUUUGGGGUCAACCAAUUCACCGGAGUUGUGCCUCCAUCACUAAGUAACAUGUCCGUACUCCAGCUUUUUGAUGUUUCAAGUAAUGAAUUUGGUGGAGUUGUCCCUUCGGCAUUGGGUGCAUUGCAGGAACUUCGAUGGUUUAGCCUAACUCGGAACAAGUUUGAGGCACACAAUGAGCAAGAAUGGAAGUUCCUUACUUCUUUGACAAACUGCAGCAUGUUGCGGCAUAUGUCUAUAGAACAAAACAGGUUCUCCGGGCAAUUACCAACCUCAUUGUCUAACUUGUCCACAAACAUCCAACAUCUAAAUAUUUUUAACAACAGCAUAUCUGGUAUUAUCCCAUCGGAUAUUGGAAAUUUGAUAGGUCUCGAGGUGCUUGUUCUUGCUGGCAACUUGCUCACUGGGGCCAUUCCUGAGAGCAUAGGGAAGCUUACACAAUUGAAGGAGUUAUAUCUGAGUUCUAACAACUUAUCAGGAUUUAUCCCCUCUUCCAUUGGAAACCUCACCAGUCUGUCUAGGCUUGGUGCAGGCAUCAACAGCUUGGAGGGACCGAUUCCAUCAAGCAUUGGAAAAUUGACCAAACUUUCAUUGCUAGAUAUAUCCACAAACCAUCUUUCUGGCUCAAUCCCGAACAAAAUUAUGCUAUCAUCAAUCUCAAUAUAUUUGGAUUUGUCUUAUAACUUGCUUGAGGGACCUCUUCCUUCAGAAGUUGGAAAUUUGGUAAAUCUCGGGCAGCUUCUUCUAUCCGGGAACCAACUGUCUGGUAAAAUACCUGCAACCAUUGGUGGCUGUGUAGUCCUUGAAACCCUCUUGCUGGAUCGCAAUUCAUUCCAAGGAAACAUCCCUCGCAGUUUGAAGAACAUAAAAGGGCUUACCAUACUGAAUUUGACAAACAACAAACUGAACGGCAGCAUCCCAGGGGACCUGAGCAGUAUUACCAGCUUGCAGGAAUUGCACCUUGCACAUAAUGAUCUAUCAGGGUCAAUCCCUGAACUCCUAGGUUGUUCAACAUCGCUGCUCCACCUCGACAUAUCCUUCAACAGUUUACAAGGUGAGAUACCAAAAGAAGGGAUUUUCUGGAAUUUAACUGGACUAUCAAUUGUUGGCAACAAUGAGUUAUGUGGUGGAAUGCCACAGCUUCAACUGCGAAAAUGCCAAAGCUCCAAGAAAGGCUUGCCAAAGUCUCCGAGAAUAAUUGUCCCUACAACAGGAGGUAUCCUGGUCUUACUUGCAGCUCUUCCUUUAGUUGGAUUUCUGUACACAAAAUUGAAGUCUGGGUUGAGGAAAGAACUACCGUCACCUCAGACAACCAUGAGUGACCUUCCAAUGGUCUCAUACAACGACAUACUCAAAGCAACGGAUGGGUUUUCAGAAGCCAAUCUUCUCGGGAAGGGAAGAUAUGGUACUGUAUACAAAGGUACUCUAGAGAAUUUUGUUGCGGCCAUUAAGGUCUUUAAUCUGCAGCAAUCUGGAUCCUACAAAAGCUUCCAGGAUGAAUGUGAGGCACUAAGAAGAGUUAGGCACCGUUGCCUUGUAAAGAUCAUCACAUGUUGUUCAAGCAUCAAUCACCAAGGCCAAGACUUCAGAGCACUAGUCUUCGAGCUCAUGCCUAAUGGCAGCUUAGACCACUGGAUCCACCCAGAUAUUGAAAGCCAAAACAGUAACAGAACACUCAGCUUGUCACAGAGGUUGGAUAUCGCUGUUGACCUCGUGGAUGCUUUAAACUAUCUACACAAUGGUUGCCAACCUUCCAUUAUCCAUUGCGAUCUCAAGCCAAGCAAUAUUCUUCUCACUGAGGACAUGAGGGCUCGUGUUGGGGAUUUUGGCAUUGCUAGAAUUCUAAAUGAAGUCACAAGUGAAGCUUCUGCAAGUUCCCUUAGCUCCAUCGGAAUAAGAGGAUCCAUCGGAUAUGUUGCUCCAGGUAACUGAAUAUGCUCCCCCUGUGCUUCACAUGAUCACAUAUAAUUAGAUAUAUUUUCAUGAAAUAACUUCUGUGCAUACCUGUUUAUAAUCUGAACUGUUUCAAUCCGUUGUAGAAUAUGGAGAAGGGCUUUCGGUAUCAACUUAUGGUGAUGUGUACAGCCUCGGGAUCACCUUGAUCGAGAUGUUUACAAGAAGGUACCCGACAGACGAUAUGUUCAGAGAUGGGUUAGCCCCAGCAAGUCUUCCUGCGAAUGUCAUGAAAAUAGCAGACUCCAACAUCUGGCUGCAUGAUGAAGCAAACAAUAGCACUAAUACUGAAAAUGUAACCAGAGCCGAGGAGUGUUUGGCUGCCAUCAUCCAACUUGGUGCCCUAUGCUCGAAGCAAUUGCCUAGAAAAAGAAUGUCAACAAGUGACGCUGCUGAGGAGAUGCAUGCUAUCAGAGAUGCCUACCUCAGUAAUCAGUGAUUAAUUGAUGUCAGAUCAUAUGAACAAACCACUACCAUAUGCUGAUUAACAAGGGUUCUCUGAAUUUAUUCUUGAAUCUGUAUUAUAUUGUGAUUUAAACUAUGAGCUGGUACUGUGUUAACGAACAAAAAAUAUCACUACCAGAUGAGGUGCUGUAAAAAGGUUCUACAUGAGCACAUCACUAGACAUAACUGACUCAGUUCUCCAGAGUUACCUUUUGUUGCAUUUCCAACCCCCUUUGUUGAAGCACUGUCCCUCGUUGACUCAGCUUCUUGCUGCAACUUCAGGUUUGGUGCUAUUUCAAAGGGAACAACUUCAGGUUCAGUUCUAUUUCAUAGGGAACGAGCACCGAACCUUCCUUUUCCCCUAAAAUUUUUCCAGCACAAGUUCUACGCAAACAGACACCUGUUCAUUCUCCACUAUCAGCUUCUCUUUUCUUCUUACAGAAGGCAUAGAAAAAUUACUCCAUUUCUUUCCACAUUCUUACGCAUAAUUAAUCCACACUUAUUGGGCCU